UUUUUGAACUCCGAUGAUUCGGAUACAUGCCAUCAGGCUCUCUACCAAAUCAUACCAGCCCGGUUCAUCCAACAACCCGCUUUUAUUUUUGCAGUUCCUCGUAUCGGCACCUUCGCAGUUGCCAAUGAACUUGAUACGACAGUUCCGCAUGCUUCAGUCAAGAUGACUUAGUUAUUCCUGCGAAAAUCAUUUUCAAAGUCUGCAGUCCCUCCGAAUCGAAACAUAUCUGACCUCCAGAUCUUUUCUUGAUUCGUCCACUUCCUUCCCUUCCACAUUAUCACCACCACCAUGACUACUAGAACUUCUGGCUAUGUGCGCGAAGAAUUUGUCACUCCGCCUGACCAUACUUUCACUCUUCCAGACGGAAUGCACGUCCGCUCCACAGAUAUGGAAGGCCUUAUUCAGAUUUAUCUACGCAACCUUUCUACGCCUUUUGCUUCCCUCGAGAUUCAUUCGCGCUCUUUGCAAACCAGUCCCCAUGGAAUUGUGAAUGCUGAUCGCGUUGAACAUAGUCCCGCCUUCUUACUCAAGGCUGUCACUACCUCCCCAGUGAGCUUGAGUGAUGUUUGGGCCAUCCUAUAUGCUUUAUGGAUGCGUCGUUCGGACAAGGAAGUCAUCCCGCUUGUCCUCGCUUCCGACCAUCUUACGAACGUUGAUGAGACCUUAGCCUACGUCACGUCUACAGGGCUUGCAUUUUGCCCUCCCGAUGCUGAAACACGAUAUGAGCUUCUUCUUAUACGUGCUUCAUUCUGGCAAGGUGCUGGGGCACCCGUUGACAAACACUGGCUGCGCACAAUGAUCCCACGUCCCUCUGUCUCCGCAACACCGUUUCCAUUUGUACAGUCCUUCACGCGCGGAGAGCAUGUUUUGACUACCCAUCCCCUUCGACCUCCGAAACCUAUUCCUGGUUCCAUCAUUUACUCGCGCUUUAUUUUCACAGUUAAUGAACAUCUCAAAUUCACCCACAUCGACGCUAACAACCCCAAACAUUUCGAAGCUUAUUCUCGAUGGCAAAACUCUGACCGUGUCAAUAUUGGCUGGAGAGAACGCGGCUCUGACGAAAAACACAGAAAGUACCUGAAUGACCGUUUGGCUGACCCUCACAUCAUGGGAUUUGUAGUAGAAUGGAAUGGUGAGCUUGCCGGCUACGGUGAAAUGUCCUGGGUGAAAGAAGACCCAAUGGGAACCUACGUAGGAGGUCUCGGAGACUAUGACCAGGGUACUCAUCUUUUAAUCGGCGAAGAAAAAUUUCGAGGUCGACAGCGGUUCACAGCUGUAAUGACCUCCAUGAAACACGCGUGCUUCCUGCGAGAUCCCCGUACGAAGGUCGUUGUUGGAGAACCACGAGCCGACCUCCCGAUCGUACCGCGACUGAUUGCAUACCUUCCUCAAGAAUUAAAUAGGGAAUUUGAAUUGCCCCACAAACGCGCUGUUUAUUUUGUAUUGAGGAGAGAGCGUUUUUUCCAAGCCGCGAUGCUGGAUUGAACCAAUGAUUUUUGUCGGAAUAGGAUACUAGAUCAUUGGAUAGAUUACAGUAAUGUGAAUUUUUUUGGAGUAGUCCCGUGUGUCAACCAACAGUUGUAAUUAAUAUUGAGGCCUAAAGGAAACUGUCCUCUGUAGGGAGAAACAAUGAAUUCAGGAUACAAAUUGGCGGGAAUGAGAAUCAAAAUUCCAAAUACGUGUUGUUAGUCUGCACCUGCGCAGUGACACUACCGAGUUC